AUUCACUCGGCCCGUGAGAGCAUGAGUGGCGCACCCGUGCAGGUCCUGCCGUUGGAUGAUGGCGCGAAGGCCGGCGACGUGCAGAUCACGUCGAGUGUCCCGGUGGAAGCUAUGGAAGCAUCUCCCGACGUUCAUACAGUGGCCAUGAGUAUGCUUAUCCUGAAGAACACUGCCCUGGAGCGAACGGCCGCGACUGGUGUACAUGUCUCUCCAAAUCACUCGAAGAACGACGACUUUCAUGCCGGUGAACACAUUGUUAGCGGGCAGGUAUCACCCUCUUUUCAUCGCUCGACUGAGGCGUCUCACGCGGCCAACAGUCCGUCAUGGGAUGAAAGCACGACGGACGACCAAUCCAACACAUGGGAACAAUCUCAAUUGUACACACCGACACAACUGCAGGCUUCCGCUGUUUCGAUGGAAGAAACGAAAGCAAAAGAAAAGUCCAGGAGGAGAUAUGCCAAACGGUCCCCCGUCUUCGUGUUUUGCCAAGUGUCAGGCUGCACCAAGGCCGCAACGAACGUCACCAAAGGGCUGUGCACCAGCCACUUCAAGGAACGCACAGAAGACACACCUUCCCACGAUCGGCACACGUUUUCCAUGCGAGAGAAAGUUGGCGACUUGUUUGUGUGCACGUACCCCGAGUGUACCAAAGGCGCGCGGUCAAAGGGUUUGUGCAAGCGCCACGGCGGCGGCAAACGGUGCAGUGUCUUUGACUGUCCACGAAGCGAUCAAGGCGGCGGGUUAUGUAUCAAGCACGGGGGCGGACGGCGGUGUGGGGUCGAAGGAUGCAAGAAUUCGUCCCAGUCCCGCGGAUUGUGCAAGCGGCACGGUGGGGUUCGGGAGGAUAGGGGAAAGUAAGAUCGCUCGAUCGUGCUACGUACAACUAAUUUUAUCAUGACAUGUCUACACGGAGUUGGGCUUUCCACCCCCGUUCCUGGCAACCGACCGACUCGAUGGAUCAUGGAUAGCUGUGCCUUCGACUCUCGUUGAUGUAACAUAUCCAAUGUGUGGACGACGUAGGUAUAUGACGUCCCGCGGUGUCGCAGCAUCCGCAUGCCCAUCCGUCGUGCCCGUCGAAUGCCGCAUACAGGAUUAACUACAUGUAAAAAGUUGUAUCCAGAGAGCUGGCGAUGAUGGCCGUUGCAUCACAUGGUCUAAUUGGUACUGUAAGCUGCUGUAAGUG